UGUCUUGGCUGCAGGAGGCGACUAUUGCAUAACAGGAUGCCUGAGCCCUUAAACUGCUCCUUACAUCUCCUUACUAUGGGGUAGAUCAUUUGGUGGAUCUGUUUUCUUGUAAACAGCACGGAUGUCUUUAUCAUAACGGUACGCUGGAGGUGUGCGUAACUGGCGGUAAUAUCAGAUCUGUGUUACAGUUGCUCAACUGAGCAGCGCAUCGAACAGAACCUGGAAAAACCACCCCAGGAAAGGAGUCAAAAUCCAGCAGAGGGAUUUGGCAAAAUGGAAAUGUCCUGUUUCUCUUAUAGAGUUGUAUUAAUCAUCACACUCCUUGUUCUUCCAACAGUGGCCUUGGAAGAGUGUCUUCAAGAACAAUUAAGGUUGAAGGCCCAAGUGAGACUUCUCGAGCACCAAACAAAAUUGCAACAAAUAAAAAUUGAGAAUCUACUGCAAGAAAAGGAGCUUCAGUUCAUGGACCGAGGAGAUGAGAUGGUAGUUAUCGACCUAGGAGAGAAAAGAACAUAUGCAGACUGUGGCGAGAUCUACAACGAUGGACACAAACAAAGUGGAUUCUAUAAAAUGAAACCCCUGCAGAGCAACACCUCAUUCUCUGCAUUCUGUGACAUGUCUGAGGGAGGGGGGUGGACGGUCUUCCAGAGACGCUCUGAUGGAAGUCAGAACUUUUAUAGGAACUGGACUGACUACAAACAAGGUUUUGGAGAUUUCAGCAAAGCAAUGGGAGAAUACUGGCUUGGGAAUGACAACCUGCAUUACCUGACAUUACAAGAUGACUACAUACUAAGAAUAGACCUUUUGGAUUUUGAAGGACAAAGACGGUAUGCUGAUUAUAAAAGCUUCAGGAUUGGGGAUGAAGAGAGUGCAUACCAGAUAAGUUGUGGGGAGUACUCGGGUACUGCUGGCGACUCUCUGACGGGAGGCUUUAACCCAGAAGUUAAGUGGUGGGCAAACCACAAUGGUAUGAAGUUCAGCACAAGGGAUCGGGACAAUGACAACUACGAAGAGAAUUGUGCGGAGGAGGACAAAGGUGGAUGGUGGUAUAACAGGUGUCACUCUACCAACCUAAACGGCUUGUACUACAAGGGUCCUUACACAUCUAACACAGAUGAUGGGAUUAUUUGGUACACAUGGCACGGAUGGUGGUAUUCCCUGAAAUAUGUCGCUAUGAAGAUUAGAUCCGUACACUUUGAGCCAAACCUUGUAUAAAUUGUUUCUUUAACUAUUAUUUUCAUGUAAGUUUUGUAGAGAUUUACACAUUCCGUUACCAUGGAUCUGGCCAUUGUUUUUCAAAGCUCAUUAAUAUGUGCCUCUAAUUUCAACUACUUUUGGUAUGUCUCCAGACCGGGCCACACACACACACAGAUACAUGUUGGCUGAUCCUGCAUAUUUAAAGGGAAUGCGUCAUCAGAAAAUUACUUUUAUAUUAAACAUAUUUUAAACAUU